AUGGCUUCUAAGAUGGAGACGGCCGACCACCUUGAGGCUAGCAUCCAGGACCAGGAAAAGAAGGGUACAAAUGUCUAUGGCAAAGAGGGAGGCUUUCAAGCUUCCGUCGGUGAUGCCCAACAAGCCAAUAUCAACGAGCACAAGCACACCGUCCGUCAAGCUCUCCGUGCUUACCCAUGGGCUGUCUUCUGGUCUCUCCUCGUUUCCAUGUCCAUUAUCAUGGAGGGAUAUGAUACGCAACUGAUCAGCUCUUUCUUCGGUUUCCCUGCCUUCCGCACCCAGUUCGGCGAAUACUCCCAAGUGUCGAAGAACUACCAGGUCCCGGGCAAGUGGCAGUCCGCUUUGGGCAGCGGUCCUACUGCGGGCUGCGUCGUCGGUGCUACGCUGAAUGGUUGGAUGAUCCAGCGCUUUGGGUACAAGCCUGUUUUCAUGGUCGGUCUGAUUCUCAUGAAUGGCUUCAUUUUCAUCAACUUCUUCGGCAAGUCCAUUGAAUUACAGACUGUUGGUCAAGUCCUUUCUGGCGUACCUUGGGGUAUCUUCGCCACGAUCGGACCUGCCUAUGCUUCUGAAGUGUGCCCACUAGCAUUCCGACCCUACCUCACUGCGUACACAAACAUGUGUUUUGCCAUUGGCCAGUUCAUUUCUGCCGGAGUCCUCCAGAGUCUUCUAGCACGAGACGACCAGUGGUCAUAUCGGAUUCCUUGGGCUAUUCAAUGGCUCUGGCCUGCUCCUCUUAUGAUUGUGGCAUUCUUCAUGCCUGAGUCUCCGUGGUGGCUCGCGCGGCAAGGGAAGCUCGAAGCGGCUGAGCACAGCGUCAAGAGAUUGAUGGCCGAGCACGAAAAGCCCCGGUCAAAAAAUAUCGUCGCCAUGAUGGUCCACACCAACGAGAUCGAACUCGAAACCACCAGUGGCACCUCCUAUUUUGACUGCUUCAAGGGCACCGACCUCCGGCGCACCGAGAUUGCUUGCGUGAUCUUCGCCGGUCAGGUGCUCGCAGGUUCCACCUUCGCAUACAGCGGCACCUACUUCUUCGAACAAGCUGGCAUGAGCGCGGCCGACGCCUAUAAACUGGCUCUUGGCGGCACGGCUGUCGCCUUUGUCGGCACCAUCCUCUCGUGGAUCCUCAUGCGCAUCGCGGGUCGUCGCACAAUCUACAUUGGGGGUAUGAUGUCCAUGUGCAUCUGCCUGCUGCUCAUCGGGUUCCUCGCCAUCGCCAAGCAUAGCAGCAGUGCCACCUGGACGCAAUCCGCCUUCUGCAUUCUAUGGCUGUUCAGUUUCUCCCUGUCCGCUGGGCCCGUUGGUUGGGCUGUGCCUGCCGAAGUCAGCUCGACCCGGCUGAGGUCCAAGACGAUUUGUCUAGCCAGAAACUCGUACUACAUCGUCCAGAUCAUCGCGAACGUUAUUGAGCCUUACUUCAUGAACCCGGACGAACUUAACUGGAAGGGGUACACGGGAUUUUUCUGGUUCGGCAGUGCAUUCUUCACUCUAGUAUGGGCUUUCUUCAGACUGCCUGAGACAAAGGGCCGCACGUACGAGGAGCUUGAUCUCAUGUUCGCCGCAAAGGUACCGACCAGGAAGUUCAGCAAGUACGAUGUCGACGCAUAUGAUGAGAGCAGGAACUUGACCGAUAGGAUGAAGGAGCACGAGUAA